AUGGGGCCCGUCACUUUGGGGGCCCGUCGCUUUGGGGGCCCGUCACUUUGGGGGCCCGUCACUUUGGGGGCCCGUCACUUUGGGGGCCGUCACUUUGGGGGCCCGUCACUUUGGGGGCCUGUCACUUUGGGGCCCGUCACUUUGGGGGCCCGUCACUUUGGGGGCCGUCACUUUGGGGGCCCGUCACUUUGGGGGCCUGUCACUUUGGGGGCCCGUCACUUUGGGGGCCCGUCACUUUGGGGGCCGUCACUUUGGGGGCCCGUCACUUUGGGGGCCUGUCACUUUGGGGGCCUGUCACUUUGGGGCCCGUCACUUUGGGGGCCCGUCACUUUGGGGGCCCGUCACUUUGGGGGCCCGUCACUUUGGGGGCCUGUCACUUUGGGGGCCCGUCACUUUGGGGGCCGUCACUUUGGGGGCCCGUCACUUUGGGGGCCUGUCACUUUGGGGCCCGUCACUUUGGGGGCCCGUCACUUUGGGAGCCCGUCACUUUGGGGGCCUGUCACUUUGGGGGCCUCUCACUUUGGGGCCCGUCACUUUGGGGGCCCGUCACUUUGGGGGCCCGUCACUUUGGGGGCCUGUCACUUUGGGGGCCCGUCACUUUGGGGGCCUGUCACUUUGGGGGCCUGUCACUUUGGGGCCCGUCACUUUGGGGGCCCGUCACUUUGGGAGCCCGUCACUUUGGGGGCCUGUCACUUUGGGGGCCUGUCACUUUGGGGCCCGUCACUUUGGGGGCCCGUCACUUUGGGGGCCCGUCACUUUGGGGGCCGUCACUUUGGGGGCCCGUCACUUUGGGGGCCUGUCACUUUGGGGGCCCGUCACUUUGGGGGCCGUCACUUUGGGGGCCCGUCACUUUGGGGGCCCGUCACUUUGGGGGCCGUCACUUUGGGGGCCCGUCACUUUGGGGGCCUGUCACUUUGGGGGCCUGUCACUUUGGGGCCCGUCACUUUGGGGGCCCGUCACUUUGGGGGCCCGUCACUUUGGGGGCCCGUCACUUUGGGGGCCUGUCACUUUGGGGGCCCGUCACUUUGGGGGCCGUCACUUUGGGGGCCCGUCACUUUGGGGGCCUGUCACUUUGGGGGCCUGUCACUUUGGGGCCCGUCACUUUGGGGGCCCGUCACUUUGGGAGCCCGUCACUUUGGGGGCCUGUCACUUUGGGGGCCUGUCACUUUGGGGGCCCGUCACUUUGGGGGCCGUCACUUAGGGGGCCCGUCACUUUGGGGGCCCGUCACUUUGGGGGCCUGUCACUUUGUGGGCCGUCACUUUGGGGGCCCGUCACUUUGGGGGCCCGUCACUUUGGGGGCCCGUCACUUUGGGGGCCGUCACUUUGGGGGCCUGUCACUUUGGGGGCCCGUCACUUUGGGGGCCUGUCACUUUGGGGGCCUGUCACUUUGGGGCCCGUCACUUUGGGGGCCCGUCACUUUGGGAGCCCGUCACUUUGGGGGCCUGUCACUUUGGGGGCCUGUCACUUUGGGGGCCCGUCACUUUGGGGGCCGUCACUUAGGGGGCCCGUCACUUUGGGGGCCCGUCACUUUGGGGGCCUGUCACUUUGUGGGCCGUCACUUUGGGGGCCCGUCACUUUGGGGGCCCGUCACUUUGGGGGCCCGUCACUUUGGGGGCCGUCACUUUGGGGGCCUGUCACUUUGGGGGCCCGUCACUUUGGGGGCCUGUCACUUUGGGGGCCCGUCACUUUGGGGGCCUGUCACUUUGGGGGCCUGUCACUUUGGGGGCCCGUCACUUUGGGGGCCUGUCACUUUGGGGGCCGUCGUGUGGAUCAGAAAAGUGGGAGUUUGGACUAAACUUUCAGACCUGAAGAAGUCGCAGUGA